AUGGGUUGGCUUCCUUGGUCUUCGGGCGACUCCAACAAAGCCUCGGAUGGCGGGCGCAUUGCCCCGGAUCGCACGAGUCGCGCCAGAUGCUGGGAAGGCCGAGACAUGUUUUUCGCAUGCUUGGAUCGCAAUGAAAUCAUCGACUCCAUCAAAGACGAUAAAGCUGCGCGCCGGAAGUGCGCCAAGGAGGUGGCGGAGUUUGAAGCGGCCUGUUCGGCCACCUGGGUCAAAUACUUCAAGGAAAAGCGAGUGAUGGAAUACAAUCGGGAUAAGACGAUCGAGCGGAUCAAGAAGGAAGACGCGGAGAAGGUCAAGGAACUCAAGACGCAAGGCUGGAAACCUUCCUGA